AUGAAAUUGUCUACAGUUGUCGUGUUGGCUGGCCUAGCCUCCCGAGCGGCGGCCCGGUCCCAUGGUCGAGGUAUUUGCCAAAGCCUGAGCAAAGCAGCUUCAUGGCCUGGCCUAAUACUCCUUCUUUCCGCAGUGGCGGCCUUGGCGGCGUAUGUAUCUUCGAACGUGGCCGUCCGGCCCCGGAUCGAGGGCGCCUGUGUCCGCUCCGACGCCGCGCUCCGGUGGCUCGCAUCGCAACUGUCCGAAAACGCGGCAAUUUCCUGUCGCGGGCAGCCUCUCCAGCAGCACAACGCGGACCGCUACUGGGGCGAGCAGUUUGGCAAGAACGCGUCCGUCGUCGUCUACCCGGCCACGACGCACGAUGUGAGCCGGGCCGUGCAGGCCGCCGCCUGGUCCCCAUUCGGCCGCGAAUUUUCCGUCGUUGGCGGUGCCCAUAGCCAGGUCAACGCUAGCAGCAGCUACGGCUUCGUCCUGGACAUGUCGUGGAUGAACAGCUCGCAGCUGAUUCUCAACUUCACAGACACCGCCACCGCCGGCGCUCCGAUUGCGGCCGUCGAGUACCAAGGCGGUGCCAACUGGGGCCAGGUGCAUGCCGUGACCAAUGGGACCGGCUACGCGGCCGUCGGCGCGCGCGUGGCCAAUGUCGGCGUCGGGGGCUUCUCUCUCGGGGGCGGCAUCGGCUUCCUGGCCGGCGCGUACGGCUUCGCCACCGACCGGCUAGUGCGGCUGGAGGUGGUGCUGCCGUCGGGGGAGGUCGUCACGCCGACCAAGACCAACGAGCACGCCGACCUCUUCUGGGCGCUGCAGGGCGGCAGCGGCCAGUUUGGCAUCGUCACCCGGUUCUGGCAGCGCGCCGUCGCGGAGCCCAAGAGGAGCACCCUCGCGUUUUACUACGUCGAGGACGAGUAUGUCGCGCGGCUGCGCCAGCAGACGGUCGAGUUUUUCGACACAAACAAGGACCCGUUUAGCGUCGUGUACUACAGCUUUGGCUAUCUGCCCGACGACCUCGGCAACGCGACGCCGGAGAGCUACGCGAAGCGCACCCUGCUCAUCACGGUGCAUUUUGACGACCCGACCAGCCCGGGCCAACUGAACAACACGGCGACGUUUGAGCGGCUGCUGGACGGCAUCGACACUUCACGCGGCACCGUCGUUUCAACAGCACACUACGCCGACCUCGCCUUCAUCGGCGAGGCGGCAUAUCCCUACGGGUACCGCCGCGGCUUUUACGGCGGGCAGACGUCCGCCAUCGACGUCGACUACCUCGCGCGCCAGACCGAGACGUUCUGGCGCUACGUCGACGCGCUCACCGAACGGGGCGAGCACCCUUACUCGGCCUCGUUUGUCGUGCAGUACAUGCACCCCGGCCUGAGCGGGCACCUGCCCGCGUCCGACGCCGACACGGCGUGGCCGCACGCGGUGGUCGGCCACCAGACGCUCUUCACGGCGGCGUACAAGCACGCCGAAAACGACGCCCUCACUCUGGCGGCCGUGCAGGCGCUCAACGAGGGCACGUACGCGCAGCAGCGCAAGAUCGGUGGCGGGCGCGUUCUGGCCAACUAUCCAAACUACAUAGCGCCGGGGGACGGCGGGUGCCGCGUCUGGGGCCGCAACGUCAAGAGGCUGGUCCAGGUCAAGCAAAAGUAUGACCCUGGAUGCUUGCUUCGCAAUGGGAAGGUAUUUGCGAGUCAGGGGUGUGUAGAAGGAGGCUGGGCCAAUGUGUUUGAUGAUUGUGAAUGA